AUGGAGGGUUAUGCAUUCUACUCGCAAAAUCGCUUCACCAUCCACAGAAAUGGCGACCUUGACCAACCAGGCUUUUUGGAUGGUCUUGCUGUGCUUGUUUCGAACAACCUGACAGUAAACUUCCCCGGCGGAGCAGCUUAUACUGUCGAUGUUGGACUGUUUUCCUUGAUUGGAUCCCAGGACGAAGUGCGUUGGACAGGCACGAAUGGUUCAAACUCUUUCGGUAACGCCAGCCUCUCCACGGCUUAUAACAAGGACUACAUUCCGUCAAUAUCCUUUGGCCUUCACAUUGGUUCUGUAGAGCCAGAAAUUGAAGGCAGCCUCAUCCUGGGCGGCUACGAUAGCUCUCGCUGUAUCACCGAACCAAUUGUCUCAGACACUACAUCUUUCAACCUACUUGAUAUUUCUUUAAAUGUUUCCAGAGGUGCAUCCGCUUUCCUGAAAACGACAGCAAAAGAGGUCAACGGGCUAUUGAAGGUCAACGGGGCCUCAUCGAGCGGGGUGAAAAUACUUCCCGAACCAGGUUUACCCUAUAUGUAUCUGCCGAGGGACACUUGCGAUGCAAUCGCUGCGCAUCUCCCAGUAUCCUAUAACGCCGACUUCAACAUAUACCUCUGGGAUACCGAUUCACCAGCUUAUAGUGAUAUCGUGUCUUCUCCUCACGCAUUGGCAUUCUCAUUCGAGAACGAUGGCACAACCGAAACCAUAAAUGUCCCCUUUGCUCUCCUCAACCUGACGCUGGAUAGCCCCCUUACCGCUGGACCAACACCCUACUUUCCUUGCAGCCCAUGGACGGCUACAAGCGACGUCCCGUACACGCUAGGCCGGGCGUUCCUCCAAGCAGCUUUCCUAAGCCAUAACGCCAACACGAACAAGCAUUUCCUCGCCCAAGCGCCCGGCCCUGAUCUCCUAGCCAAGAAUGUAAAACGCAUCGGGUCAACAGACACGACCCUUGCAGGUGCGGUCAAUGCCCCCGACUGGGACUCUACCUGGGAGAGGACUCUAAAAGCCUUGAGCUCGAACUCUACAUCAGCUCCAGAUCCCAAUAGCGGUAGCGGCCAAGAUAGCUCGAGUGGCAUCUCUGGCGGCGCAAUCGCGGGCAUCGUCAUCGGUGUUGUCAUCGUCAUCGCCGUUGCGGCAGGUGCCUACUGGUUCCUUGCACGGCGAAGACGACAAGCCAACCCCCCAGCCUACGACAAUACGCCCUCGUGGGCACAGAAACCUCCGGUAAAUACAAUGGAGAUGCCGACAGCUGCACAAGUCCAGGGACCAUAUGACCCUAGCCCCGCCAAGGGCUAUUAUGGCCACAACCAGGCACAGCCGGCUCAUGAAGCCAGAGAAAUGCCUGCGACGCAGCCGAUUCCGGAGCUGGAGUCCGACUCGAGGAGUAGAGCUGUCGAACUGAGUACCGAGCGAUAA